AUGGCUUUGAAAGGCAUUCGAAUUAUAGAAAUGGCCGGUUUAGCACCUGCACCUUUCUGUGGUAUGCUUCUUGCAGAUUUUGGUGCCUCCGUCGUUCGAGUGGACAGAACUGGCAUCGAUCCAAACGGUGAUUGCUUAGCUCGUGGUAAACGUUCAAUUAGCGUCAAUUUAAAAACUAAACAAGGUGCCAGUAUUAUUAAGAGACUGUGCAGUAAUGCCGAUGUAUUAUUGGAUCCUUUUCGAGCUGGUGCCAUGGAGAAGCUAGGAUUGGGACCUCGAACUAUGCUAGAUUUAAAUCCAAGAUUAAUAUAUGCUAGGUUAACUGGCUAUGGCCAGACGGGUAAAUGGAAUAGAGCAGCUGGACAUGAUAUCAACUAUCUCGCUAUGUCUGGAGUAUUAUCCUUUCUUGGAAGAUAUAAGCAAAAACCAACGCCCCCGAUCAAUUUAGCUGCUGAUUUUGCUGGCGGUGGUAUUACUUGCGCUUACGGCAUUUUAUUGGCAUUACUAGAAAGGCAUAACACGGGUAAAGGCCAAGUUAUUGAUUCUGCAAUGGUUGACGGAGCAGCGUAUGCCAGUACUUUCCUAUUUGCAUCCAAAGCAAGUCCGAUAUACGGCAGAAGUCUAUGGGGUGAAGAACGUGGCAAAAAUUUUCUAGACUCUGGCGCUCCAUUUUAUGAUUGUUACGAAACAUCAGAUGGAAAAUUUAUGUCUGUAGGUGCGCUAGAGCCUAAUUUUUAUUCCCAAUUACUCCAAGGACUAGAUCUAGAUAUAGAUAGCCAACCUCCUCAAAAUGAUCGUAAGUAUUGGCCGGAAAUGAAGGAAAAAUUUACAAAAAUAUUUGGUAGUCGAACUAGAGAUGAAUGGUGUAACAUCUUUCAGAACCUCGAUGCCUGCGUAGCUCCAGUACUGGAAGAUAACGAAGUUGGUAAUUGGAGUAUUAACAGUGAACGAAAAGUGUUUUUCACCAAUUCUGAUGGUAAGCAGAUGCCUUCACCUGCGCCGCGUAUGCAUGGUAAAAGCAAUCUACCUGAGCAUACAAAGCAAGAACUUGUAUGUGGCCUGCAUACUAAAGAGAUUUUAUUAGAGAAUGGCUUCGAAUCAAAGGAAAUCGAAGAUUUGCUGCAAAAUGACGUUGUCAGUCAGACUACAGUAAAAUCGAGCUUGUAA